CGCGCAUGGAAAUGGGACAGGCGUAAGGAGUGACCUCUUCCAUCAGGCAAAGGGUCUGUGCAGACAAAUCUUUUUUAUGCAACGGAGGCAGAGGGAGAAACCCCUGUGGCAUCGGAGCAGGCAUUCGGAGUUGUCAAGAAUGAAGCCAGAGGGCAAGCAGAACCAAUCCUCCCGAAGUACCAAGGACCUCAAAAUGUCCUUUCUGAUCCCAUCGUCCAUCAACAACAACUUCUCCAGUAGAUGCCCCGGCAUAAAUGAAUUGGGAUACACUCAGGGGCAACACCACAAGGGAGAAGUGACAACCUCAAGGGGAGAGGCCCUCUUGUCCACUACCGGGGAGACCCAAAUGACAGAUAUUUGUAACGGCAACGCUCCCCAGGAAGGAAACCUUUCUGAGGAUCUCCAGGGCUGGUCUGUGGGAAGCCCUUCGCAGAAACGUCUCGGAAGCCACAGCGGGAACAAGAGACGUGGACAAUUCAGCCGGCAACCCAAAGACACCUUGCUUUCCAAAACGACCACAGAGAGCCCCCAAGCAUUCCCAUGUAAUGAUAUAUUUCUGUUUUGGGCAAAGAAAGUCGACGACAGCAAGAGCAAAGUUCCUUCAAGGGCUCUGGGAUCUCAGAGGCCCCUCAAGAAGCGACCAUGGACAGCCAGUUCUCGCUGUGGACUUUCCGAAGAGGGGAGGGAAGGCGUGAAGGGAAAAGGCUGGCCCCCUUCCCUCUGUCCUGAAAUGAAAGAGAGGAAAACACGACGAGAGCUUUUCCCUGACUCGGAGGUUUUCAGGCAGCUCGAUGCCCACGUUCUUCAUGUCAGUGAGCAGCUAAACCCCAAACGGGGACCAUUGUCCACGGAGGCUCUUGUACCAUUGAUUACUGAAGGGGCCAGAAGCCAGCUGGAGAGAGUGCGAGCCAUAUGGGUGUGGUUGUGCCACAAUAUCGAAUAUGACGUGGAUGGAUUCCUGGGGUUAUCGGAGAAGAUCCACACCCCUCAACAGGUCCUCCAGACGGGAAGGGGUGUGUGCUCUGGAUAUGCCCACCUAUGUCGUGAAAUGUGCAGGGAAGCAGGGCUGACCUGCGUGGAGGUUUCGGGGCAGGGCCGGGGUGCUGAAUACAGCCACGGCCGAAGCUGCCUGCAGCAGAAGUCCAACCACAUGUGGAAUGCGGUGGAACUGGAAGGCCAGUGGUUUCUUCUGGAUGUUUGCUGGGGGGCUGGUCUUGUGGAUGUCGAGAAGAGACUGUUCACCCCUAGGCAUGACGAUUUUUUCUUCCUAACCGAUCCAGAGGACUUUGUCGAGAGCCACUGGCCCGAUGACCCGGUGUGGCAGCUGCUUCAGCCCUCCAUCGCCCGGGAGGUCUUCGAAAAGAGAGUCUUCAAAACGCCAGAGUUUUUCAAAAUGGAGCUCCGCCUCCUCUCUCCAGACAUGUCUCGGCUUCAGACAGAAAAAGGGGAAGCCACCGUUUCUUUCGCCAGUCCCCGCUCAACAGAGUUUGCUUACCAGCUCUUGAAGGUUUGCCCCGACGGCUGCCAAGAAGACGCGGGCAAGACUCAUGGCAUGCUGACCAUGGCCGAGAAAAGGAUGAGCCUAAGAGUCUUCCCACCUACAGAGGGACUCUUCGACCUGCAGGUUUUCGCUCGACCUUCCGGUUCUCAGAAGCCAUACUCUUGGGUGUGCUCGUAUCAGAUUGAGUGCUUGGAGUCCAAUGGCAACGAGGAAUUACCCAAGAGCCCUUUCUCCUUCUGGGGGCUACAUCCAAGAGCAAAGGAGUUUGGGAUCACCAGGUGCAACUGGGAAGACGAUUUGACCCUUGCCACCACGGGGAUGCUGAAGUUAGCUUUGCAGACCCAGAGACCUCUCUUGGCAACGUAUGAGUUCGUUCAUCAAGACUUAGAUGAAUCUUUGAGUAGGAAGUGUCUUGUUUCCCAAGCAGAAGAUGAGAAACUCAGCUGCCAUGUUCUCUGCCCUUUCUUGGGCUAUUACAGGCUCUCAGUGUUCACCAAGGGUCUAAGUGAGGAUGAGUUCAAGAACACGGCCAACUUCCUUAUACGUUGCUCUGAGCCCAUCAACCACAACAAACUCUUCCCACUGGGUCUGAGCGCACACUGCGGGUCUGGGAUCAGCUCCCAAUGGAGAGGGCUGUCCAACCCAAGUCACACCGACCCCAUCAUCUCUACAAAAAAGGGCCAGUGCACCAUCACUUUCCACACCAAGCCGGGCUUUGAGGUCACUGCCACUCUGGACAAGGACAAAAUAAUGAACAAACAAUACCCCAUGGAGCGAUACGUAUUGAUCACCCACUUGGAGAACAAAGUUAGCAUUUCUGUCCUUCUCCCUGAAUCCGGACUUUACCGGGUCGGGUUGUAUGGAAGGAAUGCUGAAAGUGAGGAAUUCACCCAUGUAUGUGAUUAUGUGAUCCGCUGCUUUACGAACCCCCGGUGGCUACCCUUCCCCAAGAUCUACAGCUCUUGGAGAAGAGGCUGUGUCCUUCUCCAGCCUAGAACAGGAGUCCUACAAGAGAAAAUCUGGGUGAGAUUCCGGGUCAAGAUGCCCAAGGCCUACAGUGUCCACGUUGUUGGACAUUCAAGGAUGGAGCUGAAGCUCGGGCAGAACAAAGUAUGGGAGGGGGAUGUAUACAGCGGCCUUGCUGGGUCAACGCUCAAGGUGGCAGCCAAGUUCUCACGCGAGUCCCCGAGUAUGGAUGUCCUCCUUUCCUUUGAUGUUGAAGGCAGCUCAUCGACCAUGGAUGACUCUUCAGGAUAAAACCCUCUGUGAGGGCUUCAAGGGAAACAACCCUUCCUGCGUCACUUCUAGCUUUCUUGAUGGACUGGACUGGAGACUGGAACUGUGGGCAGGAUGGUAACUGAACCAUAUCUUAAUCUUGGACUCUUUGGAUCUUCCAAGAGUCAAGCCAGAGAAAGGAAAGAGGAAGAGUUGCCUUCUGCUUAGUCAGAUCAUUUGUUCCUCUAGCUCAGGAUACUCCACCCUGAGGACCGGUUGACUGUACAGGAUUUCAGACCGGAUUCCUUCCUGAUGCUACCUGGAAUUCCUUGGAAUUCCUUGGUGGUCUCCGCCUUGCUUAGCUUCCAAUUCAGAUGAGGUUAAGUGUGUUCGGGGCGGUGUUUUGCUUCAGAACCAGUUCCGAAAGCAGGUAGUAAGAAACCAGAGUAGAGCCAACAGCCAGAAUCCCCACUUUGCAGGUAGCCACUGGCCAGUUGAACUCGGUGGUGAGUCCACCCAACCCAGCAUCCUUAGGCCCAUUAUCAAAGGGAGGUUGGAACAUUUCUAGCUGGUAUGUUAGCCCAGACCUGUUCUUGCUCCUCCUCCUUCCCUUUGUGGGAAUGUGUGAAGCAGAGUUUGCUUUUGGUUACAAAAGGGGCUGAUGGUGUUGCCAUUGGUGCUUUUCUUCCCUUCGAUCCAUACAUGGGAAGGGGAAGGAUAUUGGAAAGGGAAAACUUGUGGUCUCCAAUCAGAGAUCAAAGUUAGUUGAGUUUCCUUUCACAUUAGCCUCCAGGGCAGUGAUGACGGGUGACUCCAACUUGAGGGGGUGUGUGGUGUAAAUCCACUCCAGGUCUUCGCCAUCACUUUACAGCAAGUAGCCGAGGGGGAGGGGGAUAGGGCUCGGAUGCCUGGAGAAUGCCUGGAAAGUGCGAACUAAAACCUGCAGUGGAUUGAGAGCACCUCUGGAACUGGAGUCACUUCUAGUAGCCACCACUUCAGAGAGCAGGUGUUGAGAUGAAGAAGAAAUCAGGAAAUGGUAAAGGCCUGCCAGGAGAUUUCUGUGGUCUGGAUGAGGCUCGUGAUCCAAAGGUCCCUGUCCCCUGAUGGAGAGACAGAUGCUGCACAGCUGGGGAAAAUCUGAACAAGCCCAAGACCAAUGCAGAUCUGGUGGACUUUAGAGACAAACCUAAAAUAAAAGCAUGUAUGAGCGCCUUCUCUCCCAGUUACAUGUAUGGCUCUUUGAGUGAUUGAAAAGCUUAAAACAUCAAUGCGUGCCUAUAAGCAAAUAUAUCUCCAGCAAAAAUGAAGUCGUGCCCUGCAAUGGAUCUUUAUCCUCCCCAGCCAGGCUUGCUUUUUUCGAAACGGGAUUGAGCAGCAUGGCAAAACUUUCCCUGGAAUAGAAGAAUUGCAUUCAGAUAUUCUUGGAUCUGAAAACCAAGCCACACCAUCCCCCAGACCCUCCUAAGAAUCCCAUGCAACCCGGUAGGGCGCAUUAUGUCGAGAUUUUGAUAGGAAAAGGUAUUAAAUACUAAUGUCGUACAGGAUGAAACUUGGAGUAACAGAAACAUGAAGUCUUUUCCGAUUGGUCCCAGAACUGUACAUAAAUCAUGUGUAAAAUGAACGUCUUUCUUUGCUGUAAGUCAGAUCAG